GACACACAAGUGCAGGACAGCAGUUACACAGAUGAAUUGAUGGUGGUUAAAUAGUGGACUGGGACCAGAACGGAAGCAGCAGAGUCUCGUCAGAUUUUCCUUGAAAUAGGAGAGCCUGCUCCGGUUUACUUGGCUUCAAAAGGAGCCCAAAGGCUGUCACACUGAAAAAAGAAAGAAAAGGGGAAAAACAACUGUACCACAUGUGGAUAUAAAGAAGAGAACUCUAGCCAAUUGCACCAUCACCGGAUGGAAGAGCUCAGCUCUCACAACCUGGUCUAGGGAGCUUUGGGUUUAGUCCUUUUACUUCAAGAACGCCUCCACUGAAAACAUGAAAAAAUAAAGAAGUACACACAAAGAGCAUGUCAUUUAAUACUCUGUUCUGAUAGCUACAGAAGACACUGAAAAGUCACACUGUAACAAUGACGACUACUUCAGUUGACAGCUGGCCUUGCUCCUCCUUUGGAAUGCACUUUAUACGCAACUACAGUGAUGAAUCCUCACAAAAUUUCUCUGCAGUGCCAAAUGAUACUAGCUGUCCAAUGGAUGAAAAAUUACUAUCUACAGUGUUAACAACCUUCUACUCUGUUAUUUUCAUCGUGGGACUGGUUGGGAACAUCAUUGCCCUCUAUGUAUUUCUGGGCAUCCACCGCAAAAGAAAUUCCAUUCAAAUUUAUCUACUUAAUGUGGCCAUUGCAGACCUUCUACUCAUCUUCUGCCUCCCUUUCCGCAUAAUGUAUCACAUCAACCAAAAUAAGUGGACAUUAGGUGUGAUUCUUUGCAAGGUUGUGGGGACACUAUUUUACAUGAACAUGUACAUUAGUAUUAUUUUGCUUGGGUUUAUCAGUUUGGAUCGCUAUGUAAAAAUUAACCGGUCUAUACAACAAAGGAGGGCAAUAACCACCAAGCAAAGUAUAUAUGUUUGUUGUAUAGUAUGGACAGUUGCUCUUGCUGGAUUUUUAACUAUGAUCAUUUUGACACUGAGGAAGGGAGGGCAUAAUUCCACAAUGUGUUUCCAUUACAGAGAUAGGCAUAAUGCAAAGGGAGAAGCAAUUUUUAACUAUGUUCUUGUGGUAAUGUUCUGGCUUAUUUUCCUGCUGAUAAUCCUCUCGUAUAUUAAGAUUGGCAAGAAUCUACUAAGGAUUUCUAAAAGGAGGUCAAAGUUUCCUAAUUCUGGUAAAUAUGCAACAACAGCUCGGAACUCCUUUAUUGUACUGAUCAUUUUUACUAUAUGUUUUGUGCCUUAUCAUGCCUUUCGAUUCAUCUACAUUUCUUCACAGCUAAAUGUGUCUUCUUGCUACUGGAAGGAAAUUGUUCAUAAAACCAACGAGAUCAUGCUGGUUCUCUCCGCUUUCAACAGCUGCUUAGAUCCAGUCAUGUAUUUCCUGAUGUCCAGUAAUAUUCGCAAAAUCAUGUGUCAACUUCUUUUUAGAAGAUUUCAAAGUGAAGCAAGCAGAAGUGAAAGUACUUCAGAAUUUAAGCCAGGAUAUUCCUUGCAUGAUCUAUCUGUGGCAGCCAAAACGCAGUACAAUACUAAGGGUAGUUAAGGCAAAUGUGCUAAAAAAAAAAAAAAAAACCCAAAACCCAAAAGCCAAAAAACAAGCAAGCAAGCAAACAAACAAACAAAAAACGACAUAAACCGGCUUCUUCAUUCCUUGAAGUUGGUAAAAUUAUGGAACAAAGCCCUAGCAUAUCCAAAACCCAGAUCUUUAGACGUGAUCUUCCACUUGUUUAACUGUAAAAUAGUUCAAGGCAAAGAAAAGCUUACAUUUAUCCCUAGAUUUUAGAACUGUAUGUAGAAUAUUGUUAACACUUUUAACAUCAGUUAUAAAGUUAAGUGAAAUUCAUGAAUUUAACAACAAAAUGAAUGAAGUGUCAUAGUUUUUCAAGUCACUAAAGAGCUACUAAAAUUAGGCACUUGAUACUAAUUUUAAAUAUGUUUAACAAUAAAGCAACUUGGGGACUGUGUUGAAAUGUCAGAAAACAUGUUUGUUACUUCAAAGUGUUUAUCACUUGCACCUGUAUGCAUUUAUGCCCAAAUCUCUGCUAACAAAUGAAUUAAUAAAAUUCUAAUAAAGUGA